AUGUCAUCUGCUCCACCAAUUGAACCACUGGCUUUGGCACCAAGUCCAGCUCCUUCAGUUAUUGGUGCUCAUGCUAGCACCUGCACCAAUUUCAGCUCCACCGUAAAUGGAACCAUAAGCACCCGCGCCAAUCCCGGCACCUCCACGUAUGUAGCUACCAGCAGCGGCUCCAGUCCCGGCACCUCCACCUGUGUAGCCACCGGCGCCGAAUUCAGCUCCACCGUAAAUGGAAGCACCAACACCUCCGCCAAUCCCGGCAUCUUCGCCUAUGUAGCCACCAGCACCGGCUCCAAUCCCGGCACCUCCGCCUAUGUAGCCACCAGCACCGGCUCCAUUCCCGGCACCUCCACCUAUGUAGCCACCGGAACCGGCUCCAUUCCCGCCACCUCCGCCUAUGUAACCACCAGAACCGGCUCCAUUCCCGCCACCUCCGCCUAUGUAGCCACCAGAACCGGCUCCAUUCCCGCCACCUCCGCCUAUGUAGCCACCAGAACCGGCUCCACUCCCGGCACCUCCGUCUAUGUAGCCACCAGAACCGGCUCCACUCCCGGCACCUCCGUCUAUGUAGCCACCAGAACCGGCUCCACUCCCGGCACCUCCGCCUAUGUAGCCACCAGCACCGGCUCCGCUCCCGGCACCUCCGCCUAUGUAGCCACCAGCACCGGCUCCAUUCCCGGCACCUCCGCCUAUGUAGCCACCAGCACCGGCUCCAUUCCCGGCACCUCUGCCUAUGUAGCCACCAGCACCGGCUCCAUUCCCGCCACCUCCGCCUAUGUAGCCACCAGCACUGGCACCUCCGCCUAUGUAGCCACCAGCACCGGCACCUCCGCCUAUGUAGCCGCCAGCGUCAAUUUCAGCUCCACCGCCAGCACUUGCGCCUUUCCCGGCACCUCCACCUAUCCCGGCACCUCCACCUAUAUAACCACCAGCACUGGCGUCAAUCCCCGCACCUCCACUUAUGUAGCCACUGGCACCAAAUUCAGCUCCAGCGCCAAUGAAACCAUCCGCUUCAGCGCCAAUCCCGGCACCUCCGCCGAUGUAGCCACCGACUGA